AGCAAAUUGGGUCUUGGUCAUACAGUAUAUCGACUUUAUAUGAAAAACCGUAUCAUGUUCCUUGGUAGAUCGAUGCAUUGUAUUGCCACGGUUGAUAAAUCUAAUAAAGAGCAAAAUAAUGCCUGAAGAGGCAUUGGCGUUUGGGGUGAUUGCUUCUUACGGGAACAUGGUAAAGUCACGGAGCAAGAAUGACAGAAAAAUGCUGACAAACCCCGUCUGGCUUGGUUGCACCUGAACAGAAUGAUGAACUUGUCGGCGACAUUGACACAAAUCCUCCAACUCGAUCAGCAAACCGAUCCUGUUCAGAGCACAUGGUACAUUAUUGCUGCAGUAAUUCUCAGCACAUUGAAUCGUCCCAAAGACAUACAAGCAGUCUACCGUCAUGUGGAAUCUAUCAUCGACGACACAGAAAGUUCGGACAAAGAGAAAGAACAGCAAAAAGUUCUUGUUGUUAUGAAGCUGCGCGAAGCUCUGUUGAAAAACUUCAUUGCGGCCGGGUUCCCGAAGUCCAUCAAUGCUCUUCGGGAGCUAGAAUUGGCCACUCCCGCAGUGAUAAAAACGAAGUUACCAACAUCUCCACUAAGAAACGAAGAGACUUGGAAUGAGGUAGUGGAACAACGUAAGCGCGGUAGAGCCCUAUUUGGAAAGAUCUACGAUCGUCACACGCAGCGGGUCUUGGAUCAAAUGAGCUCCAGCCAUCCGGAUCUGGCUCAGGCCGCAUUAUACCAGCUGUAUGGACCUAUUCUCUCAAACACAGCCUUCAUUUCCGCCCGCGAAACAAGUCUGAUCAUGGUCGCUAGCUUGACCGCAUUGGACUUACCGGCACAACUGCGUGGACAUUCGUUUGGCGCUCUCCAUAAUGGAGCUUCCAAAGAAGACUUGGCCAUGGUAGAAAAAUCAGUCAAGAUAUUUAUGCAAUACCAUUUGAACCUCUCCAAAUUGUAAAUGGGCGGAGUUUCAUUGUUUUCCAUGGUUUUCCUCCAAAUUCCUGCCUCGACGAUUUCCGUUUUCUGUCAAUUUCUUUCCAUUGUUUUACCAAACGAUUUGAGCUUCCGCUCACUCAACGUCAUUCACCAUGGCAUCCCUUCUCCUUCAUAUAUUGCCUACUUGAUAGUAAUAGAAGCAACUUGAAAAUAAACGUCAAUAGGCUCUUUUUAUC